AUGGCAAUCGAAAAAUUGCAAUCCAAUGAAUUUAUAGUUAAGGUACGCAGAGGCCGUAUAGAUCAGCCAGUAUUCAUGAAGAAAAAAGCCGUUAUGACAUUCAAUCGUGAUCAAAAAGACAUCACUUUUCUGUACGAUAACUGCUGCACCAUAUUAAAAACAAAGUUCAUAUCGCAAGUGCCUUGGUCACCGCCACGAGGAUGCAAGCUGCGAUUUAUAUCAGACAUUCGAAAUGACGAGGAAAUGAUUUUGGAAUUUGAAAAUCACGAAAAACUGAUGGAAGCAUUCUCAAUUUUAAAGAACAAAUAUUUGGAGCGAUUGCAAUUUGUAUUCUCGAGUGAAGUGCACAGUGGUCGUGGUUUGCAUACAACUAAUAUUGGGAGCAGGACGGAAACAUCUGCUAAUUACGAAACACUUUCAAUGCUUGUGGAGUCUCGACGAAGUCGCGUUAAAAAUCUUAUAGAAAUGUUCGAACGUUUGGCAUUUUCACCACCAACUUUAAAGCGAUCUAAACAAUCUGAACCACGAAAUGAGUUGACAAUAGAAGAACGAGUAAAGCCAUCACCAUCAACAGAAAAAUAUAUUAAACCAUUGCCUCUCCAAUUUGGAGAAUCAGAGGAAGUUAAGAAAAGUCAGCGUAAUCCAAUUUUUGUCGAGUAUAACAAGAGAGAACAUACUCCGGUGCAGUUAAUACCAGCAAUGCGCACAUUGGAUGAUUAUCAAGUCAACAAACCAACUACUUCCAAAGAAAAGUUUUCUGGAUUUGCUAAUCUCGGCAACACGUGCUACAUGAAUGCGAUGCUACAGGGAUUGUUUGCCAUGGAUAUUUUUGUUAAGGAUCUUUUCAAACUUUGUAAGAAAGCUCAGAAUCGUAAAGUGAACUUGGAUAAAGUAAUGCCAAUGAGCUUAGCACUUUCGAGUCUUGCAAGUAUACGAGACAAUACCUCAGAUCAUCAAAAGCGAAAACUGUUGACAGCAGUGAAAGAUGUGUUGCCUUUUAAAGGCAGUGCUCAGCAAGAUGCCAAUGAAUUUUUGGUCCACGUGCUCAAUCAAGUUCAUGAUGAAUGUGAUAAUCUGUUGCGUGAACAGUACGGAAUUGAAAAUGCCGCGGAAAGGCGCAUUAGGAAUCCAGUAAUGGCAAAUUUUGCUUUCACUAUGCAAAGCACUAUUAUUUGCAACAUGUGCCAUCAUGUUUCACAAAUUAACGAAGACAACAUUAUUUUACCAGUUACUAUCAAUAUUUUGGAUCAAAAAAAUGAACGGUUCCCGAAAAAGUUCUCAUGUUUUCCAAGUAUGCAGACUUUGUUGGAUGAUUUUUUGAAGGCGGAAAACGUAGAGAGAAAAUGUGAACUUUGUCAAGGAGAAAGUGGACAAAGAACACAAAAAUUCGUUCAACUUCCACGAUGUCUUAUAAUACUAAUCAAACGAUAUGUUUAUGAUGCAUCGAAAAGUGUGAAGCGUACUGAUAAGAUUGAUAUCCCCUUGUAUUUGACUCUAAAUGGACAUUGCACUGAGUCGCCAACUCCGUUUUUCGCCGUAUCACUAAGUACAAAAAAGAUCGAUUUUGCAAUUGUGAGUCCGAUUAAAACAGAUUUAAUAGCAAUAUCAGCUGGUGCGCCUUCACCGACCGGACGUUGUCUAGAUUUGUCAGAUGAGAGAACCAGUUAUGAUACUCGAAAUGUUAGCGCUAUGGAGGAAGCGCAUCAUGCGACGACAAAUUUCUACAGUCAUCGUGUGGAUUAUAGGACAGUGCGAACUAAUCAUGGUGUGGGUUUUGUUGUUCCCGGUAUUGGUUCGGAGUUCAAGGGCCGAGAUCAAGUAACUGAAGAUUUUGUUGUACCGUGGAGCUCGGCGGAAGAUUUUAAAAGGCCACUGAGCAGCUUAGCAUGCGAAGAGUUAAGUCGUAUGAACGAAGAAGAGCAGCUGCAAGUGGUUUGCGAGCGAAGCUUGAUGCAGAUGAGCGAUCAGAAUAAAUCAAGUGAUUCAUCUCUGUCUGUUGAAUUUCCCGAAGUCGAAGCUGAAGAAGAGAACGACGAGGCAGAUAUACUACGUGGGCAGGUUGAUGAUAUUCAUAAUGACCAUAAGGAGAAGUCAGAGGAGAAGCCAAUUCCAAAUAUAGGAUUAUUUGAGAAAAUGAGGGAUGAGCAAGCGGGAAGUUGCAGGCAAGGAGUUCAGUCUGCUAGCCAGCAGGAAGGCAGUACUGGAGAGAGUUGCAUGAAACCUCUCGCACAGUCACCAAUCGCAGGUGAAAUGCAGGAGAAACAAAGGCAAGAUGAUUAUACUAUUAAAAAGAUCGUGGCGGAUAAUUUCAAUAUAUCUCACUUGUCACAAGAAAGAGUGGGAACUCUUACACCAGAUGCACAUGAAGCCAUUGAAGAUAAAAGAGGACCAACUAGGCCAUUCACACCUGUCCCUCCUAACACUCCGAUUAGUGUGACUGAGCAACAUCAAGAGAAAAUGUCGCGCAGAAAUAGUCUGUCCAGUGAUGAUGAAGAAAUUUUGGAGGAAUCUAGCACGCAACUGGUACCGUACAAACCGAUAUCUGCUGAAAAACGACGUGCUAUUUGUUCUCAAAUUGGUUUACUCUUCAAUUAUGAUUGCAUUGAAAAAGCCACUUUUCGCAUAAUGAGUACAAAUGAUCGUCCAUCUCGAGUUGCUGAUAUUGUUGGUGACGGCAACUGCUUGUUCCGGGCGCUAGCUUUUUAUUUCGCCGGUAGCGAUAUCGAAUAUUCAAGAGUUCGGAAAUGUAUUGUUGAAUUUGAAGCAGAGCACUGGAAUGAAUUUGCUGCUUUGAAAGAUUGGUCGUCAGAAAUCUGGAAUGACCACAUGAAUCACUUGUUGACCGAUAAUACAUGGGGUACUGAAAUUGAACUUUUCGCUGUCGCGGCAAUGUUAAGUGUUGAUGUGUGGACGUAUUAUGAUCAGCGAUGGAUUUGCUAUCGACCAAGAUUUAGAGUCCAAAAUGGUGAUAUUAUACGCAUAUCUGUUGAUGAUUAUCGGGUAGGUGAUAACGAUGGUAUAUACUUACUGAACGAAUCCAACCACUUUACACCGGUGCUUGAACCUUCGAAUGCACUUCUGUUAAUGGAAGGUGUUGACGAGCGAAUUUAUGAUCUAGUUAUGAACGCCAAGGAAGGUUUCAUGAAGCCAUCUUAUCGACUUGUUUCGGUUAUCAGUCAUCUCGGACAUACAAGCGAAAGCGGCCACUACGUAUGUGAUGUUUGGUGCAAAAAAAAUAGGGGUUGGCUGUUAUGUGACGAUGAAUCAAUUUCGUCUACUAGUGAAAGGAAGAUUCGAGCCAGGAAAAAUGUCGGAUACAUUUACUUUUAUCUAAACAGCGAACUGUUCGAUAAUAAGAAUGCUUGA